AUGGAGGGAGAAUGGCGACAUAUGAAUGCACACAAAGCAUACUACGACAUGCUUCAUUUCGUUACAGAUGCGCAACAGGGGAUUCCCAAACUGUGCUCAUGUGGAUCAAUCAAGAAGGAAAACGUAGAUGAAGAGGAUACAUAUGACUCCCUGGGAAAAGAUAUUUCAUCUGCAAAGACUACUAGAAUGACGGGCUGCAUUUCAAGCAACCAUGGGUUAUGGGUGUGCAACACGAGGUUGAGAGGCUCAAAGUACGGGUUCACGACCAUGAGAACCUUCAGAGAGAGUGCCAAGAACUUAAGAUGA